CCCGGCGGCUUUGGGGCGGAGUUUGCGCUCCCGAGGGAACGGCGAGGGCGUCGAAGACCAAAGCCCCAUCCUGCGAGGAGGGAGACGGAUCCGAGCGGGGCCGCCCAGAGACCUUUCCCCUCUCUUGUCUUGUCCUCGCUCCCUCCCCUUCCAGCUCAUCGUCCAUCUCCCGUCCCGUCCCCCUCCCCACAGCUCAUCUGGAUCUAGGAUCGCAGCGCGCGCGCCGAAAAGUUUCCAUCUUCCAGUUUGGCCACUGAAAUGAACUUACAGUGAUUGCUUGCCCAGAAAAGCAUGGAACCUCUUAAAACUUCAUUGGUAUCUGAAGAACAACCUUCUACAGAGAUUGAUGAUCGUCAUUAUUCAUUGCAAGCUGAGCAAGAGGAUACUCAAAAAAGAACUUUCACAAGCUGGGUGAACUCACAGCUAGAAAAGCAUCCAUCACCUUCUCUUAUCUCGGACUUGUAUUCAGACAUUGGGAAGGGACAUGUGCUUUUGGAUCUGCUGGAGGUCCUUUCCGGACAACAACUGCCACGUGAAAAGGGAUCGAAUACUUUCCAGUGCAGAAGCAACAUUGAAAACGCCUUAACCUUCCUGAAGAAUAGAUCACUCAAACUUAUAAACAUCCAUGUUGCUGAUAUCAUAGAAGGAAAACCAUCUAUCGUGCUUGGUCUCAUAUGGAUCAUUAUAUUGCAUUUUCAUAUUGAAGAAUUAGCCAAGGCUCUUCCUUGUGGAUAUAGCCAUUCAUCUCUGGACAGUCCAAGCCCUGUGGAUUUAUCACCAGCAGCAAGCCCAACAGCUAGAACUAAUGUAAAAGCAAAGGAACGAUGGAAGAUAUCAGCGAAGAAGGCUGUCCUACUGUGGGCUAAGGAACAGUGUGACAAGCAUGGGUCUAUCAGCGUUGCAGAUUUCAAAUCCAGUUGGAGAAAUGGAUUGGCUUUCUUAGCCAUCAUCCAUGCAUUAAGGCCAGGCUUGGUUGAUGUGGAAAAAGCAAAAGAGAGAUCAAACAAGGAGAAUCUGAGAGAGGCGUUUCAAAUAGCAGAGAAGGAACUCAGUAUACCCCGACUGCUUGAACCUGAAGAUGUUGAUGUCACCAGUCCAGAUGAAAAAUCCAUCAUGACUUAUGUGGCUCAGUUUCUCCAGUAUUUUAAAAGUUUACCUGUGGCUGAAGAUAGAAUGCAGGGAAAAAUCAAAGAGACCUUGAGCUGGCUCAGUGCUCAGGAAUGCAAGUUAACAAAGUUGCUGACUGAGCUAGAGAAUGCAUCCUUCUACAGGAAGUUUGAAGCAAUGCUAUCGUUUACAGAAGCAUUUAAUGAAGAAAAAAAAGCCUUCAUUCCCAUUCUGGAAUCUAAAAGAAAAGGGUCAGAGCUGAAUGAAGAUUACUUGGAGAUGAAGGAAGCAUGGGAUAACCUAUCCUAUCAGAUGACUGAAUGGAAAGCAAAGCUGGACAAUAUGUUACCUCCAUCUCUAGAAGCCACUGAGGCUUGGCUGAAAGAAACAGAGCAGCAUCUGGCACACAAUCGACCCAUUUCUCAAGAUCAUGUGAAAGCAACAGCUGCCCUUGAAGAAAAAUUAAAAGCUGUACAGAAUUUGAUGGAAAGUUUUCAAUCACAUUUGGAAACCUUUCAGUCCUUUGACAAUAGAGAUAAUGCUGGAAUGCUGGUAGUUCCACCUCAGAAGCUGGAAGAAAUGAGAAAAAGGUUCAGCAAAGUUCAACUUGAAAAUUUCAGCAUUAUUGCGGAAUACUACUGCUCAUCCAGCUCAGCUGUCUUCAAUGAACUGACAUCUAAAUUGAACAUCUGGAACAUCAAGUUUGGAACCAAGGAGACUGUGGAGUUAUUGCUAUUAGAUUGGCAUAACUUUAUCGAAGAAAAAAGUUUUCUUGGUCAACUAGACACUGCAUUACAAAUAUGUGAAGCACAGAAGAACAAAAUGCUAAAGGCUCCUAAUUUGGAAAUUAAUCCUGAAGAAACAGUUAAAUUGUUUAAGAUGACAGAAGUUCAGAUUUCCAAGUGCAGAGAGUACAUUAACAAUGUGAACGACACCUUAAAAAAAAAUUUAUCGUCUUGGACCAUCUAUACGGAGAACAUCCAGUUGCUAAAAUCUUGGCUGGAAGAGACUCGAAAAGACCAUCUUAAGAAGAUCUCCCCAGAAAUUUUGGCAGCCUGGAAUUCACGGCAUGGUUCUUUGAAUGAAGCUGGAAACUUUUUGAUUGAAUCCAGCAAUGCAGAAGUGGGAUCAGCUGUUUCUGGAGAAUUGAAAAAAUUGAACAGAAAAUGGGCCAAACUUAUAAAGAAGACAAAGUUUGAAAUGAAAUUGUUAGUAACAGAUAACAAUGGAAAUGUUGAGACUUCUAGGAAAUUCAAUCCAGACGUGUUUAACAAUCCAGUGCAACCGUCAAAGGAACUUCCUAAAAUGUGCUCUGAAAAGGCAGAGAUUGCUCCCAUUAGCCUUCAGACAGAUCCAUGUACACCAGAUGAGUUCUUCUCAGAAGAUGAGGACAAGCUAAACUUUGAAAAAGCUUAUAAGGAACUUGAAACAAUUGUUCUACAAGCUAUGCAUCUUGUAGGCCAAAAGACAAUUUCUGAAGAACCACAUUCAAAAUACGAAGAGGCUUUUAGCAUCUUGGAUACUAACAUUCUUAGCAAGUUUUUGAAAGCAGCAGAACAAUUGAAAAGCAUUUUAUCGGCUCAUGAAAAGGCACUGGUGGAGGAAAGGAGCAAAGAUGUUUGUGAGAGAUGGGAGGCUGCUCGCUGUGAAAUCAUGUCCUAUAUUCACCUGAAAUUGAAAAUUGAAAGAGAGAAGUUCAAUAAGACUUUUUCAAAUCUCAAUAAGCAGAUAAAUAAAGAGAAGAAACUGCUCAAUGCUGGGAAAACCAAAGGCCUUAUUGAGGAGCACGAGGCCUUCUUUUCUCAGCAAGGUAGCCUGGGUGAGCUUAAUACUUGCUUACAAGCUUUGAAAACCAUGAGUGAUAAAAUAACCAAAGUGGAAAAGGAGUCCAAAAUAAAGCUGCCAAUUGCAGAAUAUGAGCAAAAGAAAAAAGAACUUCAACAAUGCGCAGCAACUAUUUACAAUGAACUGGUAUCUAGGACUGGCGAUGACCAUUCACCUGAGAAAGGAGAGUUUACACCUGCAUCAGUCAAUGAAGAGAAGGUAUCAUCUCAGAAUCCUGAAGCUGAAAAGGAUUCAGAAGAUGUUUCUUGUAUAAAUUUGGAACCAGAAAAGGAAUUUCAAAAUGGCAAACACCAUGCAGAAAAAUUGGAAAGUGGUGGAGACUUGGCCUUAAAAAAGUUAAAAGAAAGCUAUGACACAGCAAGACAUAAUCUGAAACUUCACCUAAAGAGCAUCAGAGAGACUAUAACUCCGUCUUUAACCGAUGAUGUGAGAAACAUUUCUUCCCUUCAGAAGAAAUUACAAAUACUGGAAGCUUUAGAUCGUAAAGGUGAUUCUUCCUGGAAACUGUUUGAUUCUGUGGCUUCACAGUUAGUGAAGUUCUCAUGUGAGAUGGACUUGGAAGAUUUGCACAAAGAAUGGGAUGAGCUCCAGUUUGCUUUAGAUAAAAGGAUGGAAUCUUUAAAGGCUGCUUUGGCCCAUGUUAUGCCAAUAGAAAACGAGUGGGUCUUACUCUGCAGAUCAGAAGAACAGCUUUGUAAAAGAGACAUUCCACGUUAUGUGAUGAGUAAAACUGAUCUUCUGUACAAGAAAGUGAAGAAAAUUCAGGCAUCUAUAUUAAAUUGUAUUGAACAAUGCAACAGCCAAGAACAAAAGAGCCCUGCAGGAUGGACAAUUGACCAAAGAGAUCGGCAGGCCAUUGGUUUAAUAAUCAGCGAGUAUAAAAUACGGUUAGAAGAAAUGAGUCAAAAGAUACAAGCUAUUGAAACAGUUUUGCAAGAUUUUGAAAGUUUUCUGGCUUCCCUGAGACAUAUUCAAUGUUCUAUGGAUGCUUCUACAUCGCUGAGCUCGUCUCCACAGUCAAUGCAGGAGGUUUCUCACAUGGAGAAAGAGGCCAAAACUCUAGAUGAGAAAUUGAAGCAACUUCAUAUCUAUUUUGUAGAGGCUGAAAGCGGUGAAAAAAAGAUGAGCUGUGAAGAGUUGGUAGCAGCUCUACUUGUAAAGGAAAACCCCUGUAUUGAUUCUGAAGCAACUCAGAAUCAAAAGACUGAAGAAUUUUCCUUGAGGAAUAAUGAGCUGUUUAAAAAUCUUCAAGAUAUAUAUGAUUCAAUCAGUGUGAUAGGUUUAAGGGACCCAACAAUUCCUGCUAUUUCGCAAAGGUUGAAGUUGCUUGAUGAACUGUGGAAGAAGCUGGAUCGCUGUGCUCCAGAAAUGAAAGCCUUGAAUGAGAUUAGUCAAUUUUCCCAGUUGCCAAAAGCCCAGGACAAUGAAGUCAGUCAGCAGUGGAGAUUUACCCAGGACCUAUGGAAGAAAACUAAACUUGCAAUUACUGAAAAGCGUGAGUAUUGUAAAAGCACAAUGGAACUCUUGAAGCAAUAUCAAAGCUGCAAAACCUGUUUGACUAGCAUUAUUCUGAAGCAAGAAAAUGCCCUAUCACAGCAAGCCUCUUACAUGGGAAAAGAAAACCUGCAGAAGAUAAUUGCUAAGGUCAACAUGGCAAAGGAAGAAUUUAACAGUUACUCUGAAGAUGUUGAUAGAUUAAACCAAAUGUGCAAAAAUCUUCAGUCUCAAGUGAACAAAAUGAAGAGUUUUGAGGAGCCCCCAUUUGAGAAUGAGGCUAAUGCUAUUGUGGACCGAUGGCUGGAUAUCAAUGAACGGACUGAAAGCUAUUGUGAAAACUUGGAAAGAGCUCUGGCUUUAUGGGACAAGCUUCUUAACACAUCCAGUUUGAUUGACGAAUGGUCAGAUGCAGUGCAGAAGACCUUAGAUGAUGGGAACGUGACUGAAAAGGAAUUGGAAGAACUGGAGGCUGAUGUCCUUUUCCAAGAAAAAAAGUUAGAGGAAUUUGAUACACAGGUGGAUGAAAUUCAGGAUCUUCUUAACGGCAGUGAACCCCCACUUGAACUACAGGUUAUUAAAUCUUCUCUUUUGAACAAAAUGGAGCUAAUAAGAAAGCAUUUACCAAAUAAAUCAGAACCCACUGAAGUCAAUGGCAGUACAACAAAGCUGAAAGGAGACCUUGAUCUUGCCAAGACUCAAAUUGGAAUGACAGAAUCACUUCUGGAAGCUUUAUCUCCCUCUGAUCCCUUGGAGAUUUUUACAAAAUUGGAGGAAAUACAUCAGAAGAUUCUUCAUCAAAAACAACAUGUGAAAUUGCUUCAGAAAGGGACAGGCUAUCUGAACCCUGAUGUUAUUGAAUUAAAGAAGCUGCUGACAAGUAUCACUGAUUUAUUUAAUUCAAAAAAACAAACAUUUCAGGAUUACUUUACAACUCUCUUGAACCACCAGUGUAAGCAUUUUGAUGAUUGGUUCAGCAAUCUCCAGAUCUGUCUGGAAGAGUGUUUUGACUCCCCUGAAACAAAAGAGAUGGCGGAAAAGAAAAUUCAUCAACUAAUGAGUUUCCUACAUAUUGAAGACAAAGGCAAUGAUAUUGAUGAGGUGAAGACUGUUUUGAACCAGGUGAAAAACUAUUUGCCCAAAGCAAAUGUCUAUCAGUUGAGUAACUGGGUGAGGGACCAAGAAGUGGAAUUGCAAAGAGUAAUUUCCAAAUGUCAGGCACGAAAAAUUGAGCUUCAUUACUUUCUUCAACAGUUUGCUAGGCUUGAAAAGGACUUUAAGAGUCUGCAGAAGUGGCUAAGAACUCAAGAAGAAAAAUGGCAACAAGUUCAAAAAGAGAAGACAGAACUUGAACAUUUUUAUCAAAUUCUACUCAAACAAAGGGAGUGGUUUGAUUCUUUUGAUUGCCGAGCAAAUUAUUUGAAAAACUCAGGAUUUUUCAAUGAUGAAGCAGUUCUAAAACCUGCCCAGUUUGUCUGUAAAUACAAGAGGUUGGUUAAUCAUGUACAGAAAAUCCUUGGAGUUUCUGAGAUGUAUUGUAUAGAAAGAAAGCAUUUUGAAGAACUUGUCAGGAACAUGUUUUGCUGGGUGGAAAUUCUAAAAAAGCCUGUCUUGGAGAUGAGUGCUGAAGAAUCUGAGAUAUCACUGGAAGAAAGGUUACUCAAAAUCAAGGAGAUUGCUUUGUUGAAAGAAGAAGGCAAUGCUAAAUUGCAAACUAUCAUAUCUGUUGGAGAACAUUUGAAGUGUGACGAUAAGAGCAAGAACCUAGCUAUUGAGCAGAUAGUUUCUGAUGUCCAAAAGAAGUGGGACUCCACUAUUCAUCUGGUUAUUGGCUGUCUGAAGGACCAGGAACAACUCCAGCAUCAAAUGGAACAUGUGAAGCAGACAGAAGAUGCCAUCAAAGCACUGUUUUAUGAAGUAGAGAAGCAGAAGCAAGGAUUAAACGUUGAUAUUCAUCCCAAUUCACAGCAAGGGCAAAGUCAGCUAAACAAUUAUUCUGCACUUCUGAAAGAAAUUGAAGGCCUAAUGUUUCUCUUAAAUGAACUAACAAGGCAACGCAGUUCUUUGGAGACAUGCACUAAUAGCUUCAGUGCAGAAUCAUUGAUGGCUUUACAGCAUCUCUACCAAUGUCUUCUUAGCCGAUUACAGAAUACAACAAAGCUCUUGGAAGGCAGUGUUGAGGGGCACCAGCAGUGUGAAGAGUUGACAACACUGUUGAUAACUUCUCUAGAGGAUUUGUGGGAGCCUGUGGGUGCAGAGCAAAACCAGGUGCAGUAUGAUAUUCUUUGUCAAGUUGAAGACAGACUACAAGAGGUUGUUGCUCUAAUGGACUCCAUCAGUUUGGAACAGACAUGUAUGAAGGAUGAGAUAGAUGCACCCCAAAUUAAGCUGAAGCACCUUAAAAUUAAAUAUGGACUUGAGCAUGAGACUGAGGACAUCCACAGUGAUAUACUCAAACAUAAAAAGGAGAUGGAUAAUGAAACAACAAACAGAGAGAAACUGGAAAAUUCCUUCAGAGUGAAAAAUCAAUUGGACAGAGAAGCUCCAGAAUUGUUUCCAGAAUGGUUGAUACAUAAAGUACAAUUACCAAGCUGCUUAGCACUUGUAUCGGAGGAGAGAGCAGCUGCAGUUACUGGGCAGGAAUUGAAAGGCAAUUUGAUGGAAGCCCACAAUUUCCAAAGUUCAGCAAGCGAGUGUGCAAAGCAGUGGCAGAAAUCAGAGCAAAUACUGGCAGAUGAUUAUCCCAAUGAAUCUCCGCAACAGCAGCAUGGCUAUCAAAAGAAAUUGCAAGCAACAUGUGCCUGGUCAGAAAUGCCUCAAACCAUUUUGCCAUUAAUGAACGGAAAGGUAAUGGAGGCUGACCCUACUCCUUUGUCCAUUAUACAUCCAUCUCCGGAAAGCAAGCAGGGUUAUCUUGAAGACCAAACAAUUGCCGAGUGUGCUGAGCUGGAAAAAAAGAUCAACGAAGUGAAAAUGUGGACUGCAGAGUUAGAUAUUGUAUUAAUGAAAGAUCAACUGAGAGAGAUAGAGGAUUUGUGUCUGCAGCUAGGAAAGAAGAAAGCUCAAGCUUUGUCAGUGUGGUCAGAACACACAACAGUGGCAGAAGGAAGUCAGCCAAAGCACCAGGGCGCCCACAGUGUGAUUUCUUCCAGUUGGGACAGACUCCUGCAAGAAUUAAUGGCUGCUAAAGAGGCCAAGCAGAAUCAGUUUAAUUUAGUCAAUCGCUACCACAAAUGUCUUGCUACUGUUCAGUCUUCAAUGAAACAUUUAUUAGCAGAAAAAGAAAACAUAUAUACAAGGGGACCUGUGGAAGACACAGUUCUUCUAGAGAAUUUGAACAAAUUGUUGGCUUCUCUACAAAAAGAAAAUAGUCUUUUAGACAAGCUGAGAAUUGAACAAGAAAAUCUAUCUAGACAUCUAUCCACUCUGGACAGAGAAUUAGUACAAAGCCAGGUGAAUCAAGCAGAGCAGUGGUGGAAACAAAUGGGGGAUUGUCUUCAAAAGAAACAGUGCUGUGUUGCAGCAGAAGUGGAUGAGUUUAAGCUUUUCAUGGACAAAGCACAGGAACUCCAAAGAUGUUUGCAACAGCAACAUGAUUUGCAAACAGGCCUGAGUGCUCCUGGUACAGAAGAGCAUCCAUGCCCUAUCUCGAUUCCCUUAGAACUGCGCAUCCUUAAGCGAAACAUUUCUUUGUUAAAAAGAAAUGCAGAAGUACAGAUGAAAAGAAUGUGGAGCAAUCCAGGAAAAACAGCCUUAGAGAACACAAUAAACUAUCUUCAGAGCCAGGUAGAAGAAUUGGAGCAAAUGACCCCUAAAGAGAAUGUCCAGAUAACUGACAGUCAUUCCCGGACAUGUGAAAUAAGAAAAGAGAUAGAAGAUGCCAUUUUGGGGAACAAAAUUUUAAUGCACCAUCUUGAUGAGAGGGCAGCACUCUUUCCAGAUGAUCUCCUCUCACAAAUUAAAUGUUGUAAGGCUGUAAUCAGCGAUGCUAAAGAAAAAGAGCCAACUUUUAUAAGGCUAGCAGAUGAAGCCCAGCAUGUUGCUUCUCACAUGCCAUCAAAGGAGGAUUCUGCACUUAGCAUCCUUUCACAUGAGUUGCAAACUGGUUACCAAUUCCUUAUUUUGAAAUCAUCUCAGAAGUUACAGCAGCUGGAAUCUCAGCUUGGAAAAAGAGACAAACUUUUUGCAAAUAUAGAGAAAUUUGAAGCACAACUUCAAAAAAUCAUGGCAGCGUCUAGCUUAGAUAUUGAUAAAGCAAAUAUAAAGUCUGAGUUUGACCACAUGCAGAAUCUUUUACAAAAGACUCCCAAGAAGAUCCAGGAGAUGGAAGCCCUUCUGGAUGCAAACUGCAACGAUUCAUCUGAAGGAUUAAAUGCUUUUGAGCAACUGUUUUUAAACGAUUGUUUGAAAUGUCUGAGAAAUAGAGCAAAGAGGGUCCAUAGGGUAAUUCAAAUUAAGGGUUGUUUAGUAGAACACAAAAUGGGUGCCUAUAAAAAAUUCUCAGAAGAGAUAAAGGCCUUACAGCAGGAUCUUAGCAAUCUUCAUUUUGAUGAGCUGGAACUAAGUUCAGAGGAACUACUGUCUAAGAGUCAAGUGAUAAAAGAUAAAGUGAAUAUGUUUAAAGACAGAACUUUAGCCAUCGAGUCACGUUUAUCAUACCUGGAUCAAUACCAGGAGAUUUGGAAAUGGCUGGACCCAAAAUGGGAUACAUUACCACUUGAUGAACUGAAAGAUCAGUUCUGCAAAGCAAAGGAUAACCUUGACAAGAGAGGUAAAUGUCUGAAGAAUUUAUUUGCAGAAUAUGACAGGCAUCAAAUAGUCCUAAGUGAGAUUGAGGCUAUAAUAUCUAGUAUUCAGAAAGAAUGUGGUGAUUUAAAAGAUCUUACCAGUUCUCCUGAAGCCAGUCUGAUAUCAGGAAAAAAAUUGAUGUGGAGAGUUGAACAUGCUAAAUAUAUAACUCAAGAAGCAUUCAAGCUAUUCAAGAAAAAUAAGUCAUUUAGUGCCUCUCUCAAAAAGGCCAACAUGAAACAAAUAAAGUCCUUAGAUGCAAAAAUAGAUGGGCUGGAACAAAUGAUCUGUUCUAUGAUAGUUGCUAAUCAAGAAAUAUUCAAGUACAAACAAGGUUUCCAGAGUAAGCUGGGCCAUAGUUUAAGGACUUUAAAGCAAAUUCAGUCUGAGCUCCAGCAGCCUGUCCUACUUGACUUGAAAAUUCAAAUGAUUCCCUAUGAAAUGAUGUAUUGCAAAGUGCUUAAAGGUGCUAUAGAGGCAGAAAUCCGGGCUGCUGAAGAUAUAAUUAAAGAGAAAUCAUCUACAAAACAAACAUGUCUCCAUUCUGAGAGUUUAGAUAAAGAAAUAGAGGAAUUCCAAAACCUGAAAAUACAACUGAAAGCAGACUUUGCUAAACACACAGAAGCUUUAGAUGAAGCUUUUAAAAUGGUGAAGCUUUACAACAAAGCUGUCGAAAAAUCUGCAGAUCUCCUCCAUCAGUGUGAAGCCUUUCUUUCUACGCCACUGCUUGAUUUACCUAAACUAGAAGAAUCUCAUCUUGACUUUGCCAAGAACCAAGAAGAAUCCGAGUUUGCAAUGGCUGAAGUGGAGGCAUUAACUUGCUCUCUGAAAAAGUCAAUUAAAUCAAAAGCCAGACUGCAGGUGGAGAAAGUACUUGAUGAUUUAACUGCUAGGAAUUUGAGAAUAAAAGAGCAGAGCCAAAACAGAAAUUCUUACAUACAGAGGUAUAUGGAAAAAUACCACAGUUUCAGAAACUCCAAAGAGAGGAUAUGUGUUGAGCUUAACAAUGCAGAAAAAGUGCUUUGGAAGUACUACAUUCCAGUAUCUUACAAAGAAUCUUUAGAGCAUUCAGAACAAAACAAGAUGCUGUUGUCCCAAUUACUUUCAACCAAAGAGGAGCUAAUGAAUUUGAGGCGAGACGCACAGUUUCUAAGCUUCAUGUGCAAAGAAAACGAUGGAGUGUUGAUUGUACCCAUUGUAUCAAUGUUGUGGCUGAAGUGGCUCUAUUUGUUCAAUAUCGCAAAAGAACGGGAGGGCAAAUGUGAAGAACAGAACCAAGAAUGGAAAUCUGUCAGUGAAGAAUUGGAACGAGAAGCAAUUAUUCUAGACAGCCUUCAAGAAGAGCUGCCUGAGAGCAUCCAAGACAAACAGCAAGCAACCAAAGAAGAACUGGAAGAAUUUCUGGAAUCCGUAAGCAACUAUAUAGAAAAUGUGGAUACUGAGAAGUUGUUGCUACGUUUAAUACUUUGCCGAUUAAGGAACAUUCUGAGUGUCCCUGGGAGUUUGUCUGGAAAGGAAAGCCUUCCUAUUGUCUGUGAAAUUCAAAACAUGCAGCAACGAACAGAAGAGCUCUGUCAAAAGGCUCAAACAGAAAAAGAGGCCGUGCAGUCUGAGAUGGUAUACCGGACCAAGUGCAGUGAAGAACUGAAAGCUAUGAAGACUUCGUUUCAGGGCAUCAUAUCCCAACUCUGUGACAUAGAUUUGGAAACCCCUAAUGAAAAGGCAUUGAAACUUGAGGAGAUUCAGAGAGUAGUUGAUAGCAAGAAACAAAUCCUGGACAACCUACAAAUCAAGUUCACUGAAAUAUAUAGAAUAGUCCCAGUUGGUAUUGAAGAGCAUUUGGAAGACUGCAAGGGAAUGUUACAUGAUGUGGAAGAAAAGGUCAGCACAGAAUUCCUGAAAAAUUCCCCUCACUACAGUACAGAGAAAAAAAUAGAAGACAUUAACAAAGGCUUGCAAGCUGUUAAAAAUAUGUUACAUCAAAAGAGCGAGAACAUUUCAAAAGCAAAAGAAGUUCAGAAGAGAAUCUGGGAUUUGCUAGAUCUUUGGCAUUAUAAAAUGAAUGAACUGGAUUCAGAGGUUCAAGAUAUAGUGGAGCAAGAUCCCCACCAGGCUCAAGAAUUGAUGGACCGCUGGAUGAUACCUCUGCAACAAUACCAACAUGUUUCACAGCAUGCUGAACGUAGAACUACAGACCUGAACAGGGCUGCUAGCAAGUUGGAAGAAUGUGAUGAGCUCCUGAAAAGCAUUCAGGUUUGGCUUGAAAGCACCAACCGCCUAUUAACAGAGGAAGUAAAAAGCGAUUCUGCAAAAGCUUUGAAUAAACAUGUCAGUGCGCUUGAGAUGGCAUUAGAAGAUUCAGAACAAAAGCAAAGUAUUCUUGGUGCCAUUUCCCCAGAACUGAAAGAAUUAUCCCCUUUAAUUGAAACUGACAGUAUGGUGCAGGAAUUGACAGAAGUAAAUGAGCAAGUUAAAGCCUUACAGCAAAAGAUAAUGGAAAUUCUUCCAUGUAUCCAGGACUUGGCUGAUGAUGUUGAAGCUAUUGAAUCUGAAGUGAAAACAAUGGAGAAGGACAUAGAAAAAAUGAAGACUAUAUUAUCCCCCUCUGAAGACACACUUGACUUUUCUCCUAAGGAGCAUCUUACACAUUGUAAGGUUAUAUUGGCUCACAUCUGCCCCAUGAAGACGGCUCUGGCUGAAAUGCAAUCCUAUAAAGCAAAAUUGAGAUCGACUGACAUGAGAAUGCAACCUCUUUCAGUAUUCCAAAGAACUAAACAGCUUUUGAAAGAGCUGAAGGUUCUAGAAAGACUCACAGAGAAACAGAACACUCUACUUGAGCCAAUUGUAAAAGAGAUGGAAGAAUUUGAGCAACAAAUUGACUUCCUAAAGCAAAGCCAAUUCCCAAAGAGUAAUUUAGAUGAAUUGUCCACAGAAAAUCUAUGGCCUGUUCAAGACCCCGCCUUCUUCAAGGAUGAGGAGGUGGAAAGAGUAAAGCAGCAGAUUGCCCUAUUAUGCCAACAGAAAGAGGAUAUUCUAACAGCUAUGAAGAAUGCCUUGGUGGAACUUCAUCAGAAUCAAGAACCACCGGAAGCUGAGGACAGUGACUUAGAAUCACCAGAGGAAAAUGGAAGUGCUGUUGAGUUGCAGCCCAAAAAGCGAAGCUCCCUGGCUUUUUUACCUUCCUUGGUUGAGGAAGCAGAAGACAGUUCAUUCCACAAUGAAGAGGUGGAUACUGAUACCACAAAGACCAUGUCCAGUGAAGAUUCUCUUGACAUUCCAACCAAGGGCAAAUCUUCCACCCAACUCACCAACCUUCCCGAGUGCUUAUGGAGAUCGCUGAGCAACACAAAGGCAACCAAGGACACAGUUAAGUCUGACUCCGAGCCGGCUCAGGUCCUCCAUGUAUGCCAGACUCAGAUUGCUGAGCUGGAGCUGUGGCUCGAUCAAGUUAAAGAGUCUGUAGGAUCAGAAGCCCAGAUCUGCCAAAUGCAGCAGUCGGUGGAGCAGCAUCUAGCUGCAUGCCAGGUGAUGUUAACAGAAAUUGAACAGAAAGUCAUGUGGCUAUUGGAGGAGUGCAAAGGCAUGUCCACUACCAAUAGCUCAGGCCUCGAACAAGAAACAGAGAACCUCUCCUUGAACCUUAAAAAUGUGAAGUGCAAGUUGGUAAAAGUCCAGCGCAUGCUCCAAGAGAAACACACAGAAGAACAGUUACUUCAUUUGGAUUCCUCUACUUCAUUUCCAAAUGGGACCUCAGAGAGAGCUCUGUUCAUUAGACCAAACGGUUUUCAGCAUAAACAGGAACUGCUGCUAAAGCUGUCUGAGCAAGACAAUCUCAUUGACUUCCUAGAAGUGUACAUGGAAAAAAUUCAGCCUCAACCUACACCCAACACAGUUCUGGAUCUACAAACAAGCAAUGAGGCAGUAAACUCAGGAAAUGAGCCUCUUGGUUUGACUCCAAAGGACCAAACAGGUGAUAAGUGGCAAUAUUUACAAGAAGAACUGCUACUCAAGAAGAAUGCUCCUCAUUGUCAAUUGGAUGAACUUCAGAUCUCUACCAAAAUAAAUAUUCUGCCCUUGGGUGCUACAUCAAGUGUGAGAACUCCAACCAUCGAGGAACUAAAGACAUACACAGCACAGCUUGACAAUCUAAGCCAGGAAGCUUCUACUCAGGUACAGGAAAAUGAAACAAGAGAAAAUGCAUUAAGUCUGGAUGGGAAACUCUUUGAGUUGUUUCUGGCAAUCAGCCGCUGCCUGAACAACAUGGAGCAGAUGUUGGGCACCUGUGUACUCUCCAGUGAAGAAGCUCCUGUACAGCAAGUGCUUUAUGAGACUCUUUCUGCAGAGCUACAGAAACUUCACACAGAUAUUGGAGAUAAGAAGGACGAUCUUCUGAAGUCCAUCACUUCCGCCGGUGGGAAUUCUGAGAGAUUCUCCCAGUGUCUUAGCAACUUGCAGGCAUGGCUCCAAUUGACCCAAACAGCUGCUGCUUCUAGAAGCGAGUCUAUGAAAACUGAAAUGGACCAUUAUAUCAGUUAUCAGAAUGAAAUCAGGCACUUGUAUGAUGCGUUGAUUGAGAAAAAAUCCUCAUUGCAACAAUUUUUCAGUGAAAUGAGUGGGCAUAAUAUUUCUAAGCAAUUCCAGCUGAUGGAUGUCUUUGAAUCGGAACUGCAAAAUUUCGAGACACAGGCAGCUAAACUAAGAGAUCAUGGAGAAAGAGUUCAUUUGCCAGUUGCUGUAACCCACGACGUGAAUAAACUAGAGGAGGUGUUGGAUGACCUCUGGGAGUUCCUAAGAGUCAAACAGAAGGAACUAAGUUCUUCAUUCAUUAAGGAACAACAGUGUGAAACUUUGUUACAAGGAUUUGCAGAGCUCAUAGAUCUUGGGGAAAAGAAGCUUGUUUCAAAGCUGAAAAUUACCAGUCGGUCUGAUUUAGAUUUACAUUUGCAAAAUCAUAAGAGCUUUUUCUGUAAACUGAAUGGCCAUAUGCUUCUUGUACAAAAAGUGGCAGCUUCAAUAUUACAAAACAGGGAGAAAUACUGGAAGGAUAUGGUAGAGAAGAGCAAAUCAUUGGAAGAACAAGCUAUUCAACAAGGAACCCAUUUGGAAAAGGUUUUACAGGACUGGAUGGCAUUUGAUGAGAACUACGUUUCAUUCUUCCAAAAGCUGGAGGCAAUUUCACCCACGGUGCCUUUUGUGGCUUUAGUGGAAGAGACAGAAGAAAGAGUAAUGGAAAGGACCCAGCUCCUCCAGGAAAUCCAAAAGAACCUUGAAGGGGAACAGGCUAGAUAUUAUGAAAUAGUGAAAGAAGGGAAGAAUUUGACAGAACUUCUGAGCUGCCCUGAAGUGCAAUCCAAGAUUGAGAAGCUAGAAAGUCAGUGGGCAUCUUUUUCCCAAAGAGUUGACCAUGAACUACAAAGACUUGAGACAUUGCACAAACUCUUGUCCAGUUACAACAAAGACUCAAAGGAGCUCAAUGUCUGGUUGGAAUCUGCUCAGCAAAAUGUGAACUAUUGGAAGGAGCAGUCUCUCAAUGCAUCUCAGGACCAGAAUACUGUCAGGAACCAUAUUCAAAGUUUGCUUGAAUUCUCUAAAGAAGUUGAUGAUAAAUCUUCCUUGAAAUCUUCCGUCAUAAGUACCGGAAAUCAGCUGUUGCUUAUUAAGGAAUCUGAUGAUGCAAAGUUGCGCUCAGCUUUGGCAGAGUAUGAGCAGAGAUGGACCGACCUGGUUGUACAAUUACCAGGCAUCCAAGAGAAGUUUCACCAGCUCCAGAUGGCAAAAUUGCCAUCUUAUGAAGCCAUCACAGAACUGAAUGCCUGGAUGAAUUGCAUAGAUCAGCAAAGAAGAGAUGAGGUUGUAAUUGAUUUGCAAAGUUCUGCCAGCUUGAAAGACCUUCUUAGGAGGUACAAGGAAUAUGUGAUGGAAAUGAACUUUAAACAAUGGAUAGUUGAUUAUGUGAACCAGUCACUACUACAGUUGACACCUUGUGAUGUUGAAAGCAAGCGUUACGAGAGGACGUCAUUUGCAGAAUGUCUCGGGGAAUUGAAUAUGAAUUGGCACCAAUUGCAAGGGACUCUGAAUGAAAAGAUAAAGGAGUUGGAGCACAUUUUGGAAUCUGUUGUUAAAAAUGAAAACAAAGCACAAUCUUUGGGCAGCUGGCUAGAAGCACAAAGCAGAAGGCUAAAACAUUUGAAGAGCCCAGCAAGUUCUAUUCUUGCACAAGGCACAUUAAAGGACUGCAAGGUGUUAGAAAAUCAGCUUGCUGUGAAGUCUAAGGAAGUGGAUCAACUGAAAAAUUGUUUCACAGCUUCGAAGGAUUGUGCUGAUACUGCCAAGAAAGUAGGGUUCACAACCACCGAUUUGGCUGAAAUGAGAUCUAGCGUUAUCAAUCAGGUUGCCCAGCUGAAGUCUUCUACAGAAUCUGCUUUAGAAUACUGGAAGACUUACGAUGAAGUUUGGGAUGAAAUCAGGCUGAUGCUUGCAAAUGCUGUGUAUUUCCUGGAGCAUAGCAAGAAUCCUUUCAUUACAAUGAAGUCACUGAAAAAGCAAGUGGAAGAUCUCCAGUCUCUUCAAGAUAAAGCUGAGGGAAACAAAGAAAUCUGGGCUAGGCUCCAGACUGCUGUUGAUAACCUGAAGAAAGUGUGUGAUCCCUCCUUCUCAGAGAUUAUUGAGCAAAAACACGAAGAGGCACGCACAAGGUGGCUAUUGACAAACAAAAAUAUUGAAGAGAAACUACAAAAAGCUCAUGCACAUUUGCACUUGUGGGAAUUCUAUACAGAGGUUUCAGCAAAACUAGACAAAUACGAAGAACAGUAUGAUUCCCAGUUGAUGCCUGAUACACUUUCAAGCUGCACAAUGGAUUUUCUUAAGGAGAAGGCAGAGAAUAUAAAAAGACUGCAGUUUGGCCUUCAAGACAUCAAAGAAUAUUAUCUUCAGGCUUCUGAAUCAGGCGAUACUAGUAUAACUCAGUUGGCUGAACCAGAAACACAGAACCUUCUCCAGGAGAAACCCCAGCCACUUCAAAGGAUCUCCUACCUGGAAAAGAUGCUACAGAUGAAAGCAGAUGUUUAUCAAUAUGGUCUUUCACAACUGGAGAAUUUUGGGAAUUCCUUGGAAAAAUUGGAAAAUCAUGUUAAAAUUUCCACAGAAAUACUGGAGAAUUCAUGUGAAAACAGUAAAAAUUUGGAGCUACUCAUGAGCCAGUUAUUGAGUCUCGCAUCUUUGUCUCCUGAAAUGGAGAGAUUGAAUGAAAUCAGCUUUAGAUUGCCACUCUGUGACUUCACUGUAAAGAGAUUACAAAAUCUUAAUCGGCAGUGGACACAGAAAACAGCUCUAGUUCUCGAGCAAUGCAGUGAACUGCAGAAGCAUCAAUCUGAUGACAAGAAAUUUCUUCAGCAAUGUCAGAAUUGGGUGCAGUUUCUAGAGAAAAUGAAAGAGACCCUGAAACAGAAUAUGCCGGGUACACUUGAGAAGCUGCAAGAACAGCAGAAAGAAUAUGAGGUAUUGCAAACAGAGAUUUCCAUUAAUCAGCAAAUUUUCAGUUGUCUUGUGUCAAAAGCUCUAAAUAGGUUGGAAUCAGGAGAAGCAGAAAGCAGAACUGAGUUUAUCUCCAGGCUCACUCUGCUGAAGGAGCAGUGGCAGAGUGUAGUGCGGAUGGCUCAUCGGAAGAAGCGUGACAUUGACAGCCUUGUAAAGCAAUGGCAAAAAUUCACAACCUUACUCCAAGAUCUCACAAAAUUCCUAAUGGACACGAACAGCUACAUAGCUGCCGUGAAGAGCCAGGAGAAGUACCGCUUGGAUCAAAUUAGGAACCUGAAUCACAAGUUCAAGAAUAAGGAAAUACUUCAGAAGAGGUGGCAAACCAGAUAUUCUUUAAUCUUGGAUACUGGGGAAAAGUUACUUGGCACAGUAGCCCCUGAAGCAAAGGCUGCCAUGCAGCUGGAGAUAAACAAGUUGCGAGCUAAUUGGGACAACACACAACUUCAACUGGAGAAGAUUACCAGACAAUUUCAGGGCACCAUACAGACCUGGGAGAACUGUGAAAGGCAAGUGAAGGACCUGGGCCAUGUUUUAGUUGAGCUCAAAGGAAGCAUAAACAAACCUCUUCCUAUAGAACAUGAUGCAUUGCCAGCAACCUUGGAACAAGUAAAGGUGCUGGAGAAAUCACUCACCAACUGGAGCCAAAAUGCAAAAGAACUUGAUGCACAAAAGGUGAAAGUGGCUCAAUUUAUCCUCCCAGAAGAUGUGAUGGUGCUGAGAGAACAAAUUGAACGUUUGCACAGCCAGUGGGAAGAACUCUGUCUCAGAGUUUCUCUGCACAAGCAAGAUAUUGAGGAACAACUCAAUGCCUGGAUUGUGUUCAAUGAAAAAAAUAAGGAGCUGUGUACUUGGCUGAUGCAGAUGGAAGAAAAAGUUCCUCAAUCAGCAGAUAUCAGUAUUGAAGACAUGAUAGAGAAGCUGCAAAAGGAUUACAUGGAGGAAAUCAAUCUGUUUAACGAAAGUGAGCUAGUUCACUUCAAGCAAAUGGGCAAUCAAUUGAUCAAAUCUAGCAACCAAAGUAGAGGGGCUGAAAUUGAAGAGAAACUCAACAAAAUUAAUGACCGCUGGCAACACCUCUUUGAUAUCAUUGGAGGACGAGUGAAGAAGUUGAAAGAUACCUUUGCUUUCAUACAACAGCUGGACAAAAACAUGAGUCAUCUUCAUACAUGGCUGGCACGCAUUGAAUCUGAGCUUUCUAAACCUAUUGUUUAUGACAUCUGUGAUGAUCAAGAAAUACAAAGGAGACUCUCAGAGCAGCAGGACCUGCAACGGGAUAUUGAACAGCACACAGCAGGAGUGGAAUCAGUCUUCAAUAUAUGUGAGAUCUUGCUGCAUGAUUCUGAUGCCUGUGCCAAUGAGACCGAAUGCGAUUCAAUCCAGCAGACAACAAGGAGCUUAGAACGGCGGUGGAGAAACAUCUGUGCCAUGUCUAUAGAGAGGCGGAUGAAGAUUGAGGCAACUUGGCGACUAUGGCAAAAGUUUUUGGAAGAUUACUCUCGUUUUGAAGUUUGGUUGAAAGCAGCAGAGAAAACUGCAGCUUAUCCUAACUCUUCAGAGAUUUUGUAUGUAACAGCCAAGGAAGAGUUGAAGAAAUUUGAAGCAUUUCAGCGGCAAAUUCAUGAGCGACUAACCCAGCUGGAAUUAAUCAAUAAGCAAUAUCGGCGGUUGGCCCGUGAGAAUCGCACUGAUUCAGCUAACAAGCUCAAGCAGAUGGUUUAUGAGGGUAAUCACCGAUGGGACAAUCUUCAGAAACGUGUCACAGCAAUUCUCAGGAGACUUAAGCACUUUACCAAUCAAUGGGAAGAAUUUAUGGGAACAAAGGACAACAUCAUCCUGGUGUGGUUAACAGAAAUGGAUCUUCAGCUGACAAAUGUGGAACAUUUCUCAAAGAGUGAUUUUGAUGACAAAAUGCGGCAGCUUAAUGGUUUCCAGAGGGAAAUAACACUAAAUACCAGUAAAAUUGAACAGUUGACUGCUUCUGGGUUAAAGCUGAUUCAAAAAAGUGAACCAGAAGAUGCCAUUAUACUCGAAGAGGAACUAGAAGAAUUUCGUAGUUACUGCCAGGAAGUGUUUGGCCGAGUAGCCCGAUUCCACCAAAGACUGACAUCCUGGCAUCCAGGACUGGAAGAUGAAAAAGAGUCUUCAGAGAAUGAAGCUGAUUCAGACCAUGCAAGGGGGAUGCAAACUGAUCCUUGGCCAAAGAAGACAGUUCAGGAGGGGCCACCAUCGCAGCAGUCUCUCUGUCACCUCAUACCUUCUUUAGGGGGUCCCGAGAGGUCUGGCUGUGAGACACCUGUCAGCGUUGAUUCCAUUCCACUGGAAUGGGACCACACCGGAGAUGUGGGAGGCUCUUCCUCCCCUGAGGAGGAGGAAGAGGAUUCAUUCUUCAGCGCACUCUCAGAUGUAGAAAUCACUGAACAUCCUGAGGCAUAUCUUAAAAUGACCACAAAAGCUUUGAAAGCAGCUUCUGGGAAAUCUGCUGAAACUCACAUAUGGCAUCCUUCAGAACACCCAGUUUGCCGAAAGCAUUCAUACAACCAGGAAGAGAUGGUUAGAAGUGUCUUAUCAAACAACGAAGAUUCCAGCACAUCCUACAAACCAGGCAAUGUGAAAGCAUUGAGCACUAGGAGCAUGGAUGAUAUAAAAGACAUUUCCGGGAUCUUGCCUAGUAAAGAUUCUCAAGAGAACCAGAACUUCAUUAGUGUUUCAGCCAUAGAGAAACAGCCAGUGACUAUUGAGAGAUGGGAACUCCUUCAAGUUCAAGACCUAAGCAACAAGCUGAGAAUGAAGCAAACGUGGCAGCAGUGGCAACAGCUGAACUCUGACCUUACCAACAUUGAUAUUUGGCUGGAUAAAAUGGAAGAGGAAAUGGAGGGGUUGCAGGAGGAAGAACCACAACCAGUCAACAGCAUUCAGGCCAUAGAGCAGAGAGUCAAGAAACUGAAGGAUAUGGUUAAAGCCUAUAAUAACUACAAGGCCCUUGUACUGUCUGUUAAUCUGACCAGCAAAGAUUUCAAGCAAACAGAUAGCACUGGAUGCAAGGAGCUUCAGAACAGACUUCGACGGGUAAAUUUACGAUGGGAGAAGGCAAAUAUUUCACUGGAAAACUGGAAGAAGAAUUUACAAAAAGCUCUGAUUCAUUGCCAGGAUUUUCAUGAACAGAAUCAGAAACUGCUGCUCUGGCUGGCUGCUGCAGAGACACGGCGGCACCAAGCACAAGUUAAGGAGCCAAAUGCUGAUCCUCAUAGAAUACAGGAAAGUCGAAAGGAAUUAAUGCAACUGGAAAAAGAGCUUCUGGAACGGCAGCUUCAAGUAAAUUCUCUACAGGAAAUUGCUGCAUAUUUGCUUGUCAAGCCUGAUGGAGAAAAAUAUAUUGAAGCUAACGAGAAAGUCCAUGUUAUUGGGAAGAAGCUUAAACAGCUUCUUGAAGGAGUUUCAUGUGACUUAAAGGUCUCGCAAGGGAGACAGGACGUAAAUACAUUUCAGGUGAAUGGGGAAGAAUUGGAUUCUGGAACCUAUCAAUUAUCAGAGAAAUCUCCUGUUUCUAAAAAUAAGGUUGAUGAAAAGGAGAUCCUGCAGAGUAACACCAGGAGCAAUGUUAGGAUGGAGGAGAAGGAAGAGACCAAUUCAUUUGCACCCAAGAAGUCUGCUUUCUUCUGUCGUGUCCUACGAGCAGCAUUCCCUUUACAAUUGUUCCUCCUCCUCUUGUUGUUUUUGGCCUCCUUGAUCCCUGUCUCAGAAGAAGACUACAGCUGUACUCAAACCAACAACUUUGCUCGUUCUUUCUAUCCAAUGCUACGAUAUAUAAAUGGACCUCCACCAACUUAAAGACAUUCAAUUUUUUAAUUAAUAUCUUCAAUGGAGUCUUCUUUUUAUGCUGCUAGAGUUUGUCCAGAAUUUCAGUUUCUUGGUAACUUCAACCAGGGCUUAAGAGGCACCAAUGAGUAACACUGGCAAUAUUAUGCGGAGAUCUCUAUUGCACUCGACAGGAACCAAACUAGGAGGCUUCAGCUAAUCUUCUGAGAACAUGCUAUUGCUUCUUAUCACAAAGAUAAAGAUCUGUUAGCAAUUUCAGUACUUGGAUUGGGUGGGUAAAAGCUGUUAAUUACUUAGAGCUUUGUACAGGAAAGCUGUUUCUAUAUAUUUUCAAACUAUAAGCAAUGUACUUUAUACUCUUUGCACAGUGUGUGAUCAAUCAGUGAUCUUCAUGCCAGAAAGAACCGGUGAACACAAGUGUGUGUUCUUGUUAGUAGUUAAAAUGAUUUCUCUAAUCAAAGAUAAAUGCAUAAUCCCCUAGAAAGAUCUGCUGCAUAAGCCCAAUAGUAACAGGUAGGAGCUAGAGUUGCACAACAGCAUGGCUGCACUAUUCUGUCUUUUCUCUUUGUUUUGGUGAGUCUUGAAGAGAACUUCCUGGUGGAGUGAACCCAUCAUUUUUAAUGUAAAAAAGAAGUCCUUUUUCAGGUGGUAUUUUGCAUGCAGGGAGAUCUCUUUCUGUAUUUGGCUAUUUUAGUGGAAAGAUACUUCAAUUUUAAAAAUAUUUGUUAUACUUUAGAAUUUUAGGAAUCUUACCUAUUCAGUUCAUGAAUAUGUAUGUUUCCAAGACAGAUUUUUAUAGUACUUAGAUUUGUCUACUUUUUCUGAUGUCUCCUUUUGUAUGGUUUUUAUAAAAAGAAAUGAAAAUGCUACAUGUAGGUAGCCUUUAUUGUUUAUAGACUUUUUUAAAAUAAAAAAAAUUAGAGUUGAUUAUCUCAUACACGAACAAAUGGAUUUUGUAGACAUGCGGCUUUUUAAUCAAACCCAUUUAUGUUUAAUUUUCUUUGAAUAACGUACAGUCUAAGUCAAAUGAUUUAUUCAAGGGCAAAAUAAUUCCUGGGCCAAGAGAGCAAUAUGUGCACAGAGAAUAUGGGGCCUUUAUCUUCUUUCUCUUUAUUCUAAGAAUUAGCAUAUGACAUUCCUGGACAAUGAUAAUGGAUUACAGGAAAUUGCAGAUCCAAAUCAGUGGGAGUCUAGUAGCACUUUUUCUGACUUACAAAAUAAGCCCAUGGAAGCUUAUUUAUGUUAUCCCCAAAAGGUGUCACCAAGCUUCUGAUUUUUUGACUACCAUAAAGUAACACCACUCUCCUUCUCCAAUAGAAAUUACAGGGAAUUAACAUGAAUAAAAAUAAAAUACAUGCUGGAUCUUGAAUGGGAGAGGAGGAGGGAAGACCAAAUGGAGAAAGGAGAGGCUUGUCUUAUGGAGACCUACAAUGUGCUUUCCAUACAUAGACAAUUCCUGUUAGCUUUAAUUGAUGCACAGCAUCUCUUCUUGUCAACUGACUACUACCAAAGGGAUUUUUGAAUUGAGAUAUCAAGAGAAGGCCGCUGUUUUCUUGUCACUGCUUCAGGCUUUCUGCAAAUCUCGGCUCAGUAUUUUUUGAAAAUAGAAUGCUGGGUUAGAUGCCUUCCUAACUUUCAAGCAGGAUGCUGCCUCAUCAGUAAAAGAUCACAUUUAAAAUGAAGUGGAAUUCAUCUGAUAGUUAAAAAAAUGCUUUUAUUUAAAUCCAAAUUACACUACUCCUGUGUACCAUUCAAUCAUGUUUUCCUUAUUAAAAUUCUGCUGAUGUUUGCAGUA